AAAAGGCUUAACAAGUCCGUCGGUAGGUCCAAGAAAUUAUAGGGAGUUGAACCAGAUAAAAAGAUGAGCAGGGGAUUCAUAGCUUCCCCACCACCACCAUCAGUGGUGGUAUCGCCACCUCGUAUUCCAUCGAAGACCCUCCAACGAUGUGGCACUUACCAAUCAUGGAGUUACUCAUCUAAAUCUGUUCAUUCCCUCUUCUUCUGGGAUCUCAAGCUUAGUAAAAGCGGGUCAGAAAAGCCUUCAAGAAUCAGCUUCUUGAGAUGCAACAGUAGCACUGGCCCUGGUGGUCCUCCUGGUCCAGGUGAUAAUGACAGCAAAACCAUCCUUGAUGCAUUUUUCCUUGGGAAGGCUCUAGCAGAGUCAGUUAAUGAGCGUAUAGAGUCUGCUGUUGGUGAAUUUCUGAGUGCCGUUGGCAGAUUGCAAGCGGAGCAACAAAAGCAGGUUCAGGACUUCCAGGAGGAAGUAUUAGAAAGAGCUAAAAAGGCCAAAGAGAGAGCUGCGCGUGAGGCUAUGGAAGCACAAGGAAUUAUUCCCAAAUCGACAUCAACAAAUAUACCACCAGUAACUAAUGGUGUUGCUUCAGAAAUCACACAAUCUGCUGUCAAUUCUGUAACUCCUGCAGACAAAACUGUGCAAUCAAAUACAAGUCCGCGACCAACAAACGAUGAUCCUGUUUUAGGGGCAACAAAUGAGGACUGAUUGCCUAUAUGUAUCUAUAAAUGUUUUAAUUGUUUAACUUAUUUUGAAAAUCUUCAUCUGUUAUCUACUGUGCCUGAAAAGUUGUAGAAGAUAUUUUAGCCUAUGUUCA